GGACAUCCCACAGAAACACCUUACUGACACAGUUCUUUAUAAAUUUUGCGGAGAAGAUAAAUUUAUUUGUGUUUGCUGGAUAUCAUAACAUUCAGCGGAAUCAUGCCUAAAGCACCAAUCAAGGUUUGUAUUACUGGAGCUGCUGGCCAGAUUGCAUAUCUUGUAUAUUCAGUUGCCAAAGGAGAUGUUUUUGGUAGUGAUCAGCCAUUGGUCUUAACUCUUCUUGACAUUCAACCAAUGCUUGGCUCAUUAAAUGGUGUUUGCAUGGAGCUUCAAGAUUGUGCUUUCCCAUUAUUGAAAGAAACCAUCCCCACAGCUGAUGAAAAGGUAGCUUUUAGCGAUAUUGAUGCUGCAAUAUUGGUUGGUGCAUUUCCUCGUAAAGAAGGCAUGGAAAGAAAAGAUCUCUUGCAAAGAAAUGCAAAAAUUUUUGAAUCACAAGGAAAAUCUCUGGAGCAAUUUGCCAAGAAAACUGUCAAGAUACUAGUCGUUGGUAAUCCUGCAAACACAAAUUGUUGCAUAGCAAAACAUUUUGCUCCAAGUAUUCCAGACAAAAAUUUCUCCUGUCUCACCAGACUGGAUCAAAAUCGUGCUUAUGCUCAGAUUGCAUUGCGUCUCAAGACUAGCGCUGAAAAUGUCCGCAAUAUAACCAUAUGGGGAAAUCAUUCCUCGACCCAGUACCCUGAUGUAAAUCAUGCUUCAGCUUCUCUGGAUGGAGUUAAUUAUAAAGCGGUCAGAAGUCUGGUUAAUGAUGACAACUGGCUUAAUGGUGAUUUUAUUACGACUAUUCAAAAGCGAGGUGCAGCUGUAAUUGCCGCUCGCAAACUUUCCAGUGCCAUGUCUGCUGCUAAUGCUAUUUGUGAUCACAUGAAAAAUUGGUGGUUUGGAACAUCAGAGGGUAAAUGGGUAUCAAUGGGAGUAUAUUCUGAUGGCUCAAAGUAUGGUAUACCCGAAGGAAUCAUUUACUCCAUGCCAGUGACAAUUGAUGGAAAUCGCGAGUGGACUGUUGUACCUGAUUUGAAUAUUGAUGAUAUUUCCCGUGAGAAAAUGGAUUUGACUGCUCAAGAACUUGUCGAAGAAAAGAAAGCGGCCUUUUCUUUUCUUUCAUCGUGACUAUCCAAGAGUUAUCUUUAAGGAAUACAAACGGCAUUUUACGAUAACUCUGAAAUUAUCUUGUGUGAAGUAUUUUGUUGUGAUUAAAAUUAUGAAGUAAAA